GGCUCUCGCUCUGAGCUGAGCGAGGGAGGAGGAUGUUUGCCAGCCUGCUCUCAGCGCUCCUCUGCUGCUCUGCAGCCACCCUUCUGUGGCUGAAAUGGCGGCAGCGGCUGAAGCUCCGGAGGCAGAUCGAGGAGGCGAGGCGGAGGCGAGAGGGAGCCCUGGAAAGGAUGGGGAAGGCUGCCCAGCGGUGGCAGGGGCAGAAUCCAAGCCACCAACCAGAAUCCAUCUUGUCUUUGACUCUGCUUGAACUCUGUAGGAAACUCAGGGAAGGUUUGCUUUCACCUGAAAGUGUCCUGUAUACCUACAUGGACAAGGCCUUGAAAGUGAAUAAAGAUGUCAACUGUGUGACUGAUUAUCUUGAAGAUAGUGAAUCCCAGCUUCUGCAAAUGAAAAGUCAAGGAAAGAAGGGUUUGCUUUAUGGAGUUCCUAUCAGUAUAAAGGACUCAGUUGAUUGCAAGGGCUUCGUCUCCACACUGGGCCUGGUGAAACGUCUCAACCAUCCAGCAGUAGCAGAUGCUGUUGUUGUCCAGGUGCUGAAACAUCAAGGAGCAAUUCCAUUUGUAAAAACAAAUGUUCCUCAGUCUUUACUGAGCUAUGACUGUAGCAACUUGAUCUUUGGCCAAACGGUACAUCCUUUGGAUCACACCAAAACUCCAGGUGGUUCUUCAGGAGGAGAAAGUGCUCUUAUUAAAAGUGGUGGAUCCAUCCUGGGUAUUGGCACAGACAUAGGAGGCAGCAUCCGUAUUCCAGCUGGUUUCUGUGGGAUCUGUGGAUUGAAAACUACAGGCAAUAGAAUUAGCAAAAAAGGAAUGGUACCAAGCAUCCGUGGGCAGAAAUCAGUUGCUGCAAGCUUAGGACCUAUGGCAAAGGAUGUUGACAGCCUAGCUCUUUGUCUGAGAGCUCUCCUCUGUGAGGAAAUGUUCCGCCUGGAUCCCACAGUGCCACCGCUUCCCUUCAAUGAGCAGAUGUACUCUAGCUCUCAGCCUCUUCGAAUAGGAUAUUACAUCACUGAUUCUUUUAUUAUGCCAAGUCCUUCCAUGAAAAGAGCUGUACUGAAGACCAAGGAGCUCCUGGAAAAGGCUGGCCAUGUGCUGGUUCCCUUUAAGCCCAUCCGUAUGGAAUACGUGGUGUAUAACAUUUGUGUCAGAGGCUUCUUUAUUGAUGGUUGUGCCACAUAUCUAGAAAGCUUCAAAGGCGAGUUGGCGGAUCCCUCAAUAAAGGAUUUCCUGCUCAUGGCAAAAUUUCCUAAUUGGCUGCGACAUCUCCUAAGCUGGAUUGUCAGACCAAUAAGUUCUCGUACAUCAAACAUGUUUGGAAACAUGACAGAGAGGCCUGUAAAAGAACUUUGGAAACUUCAUUCUGAAAUUGAGGAAUACUGCCAGGAAUUCAUUGCUGAGUGGAAGAAACUGCAGCUGGAUGUGAUGCUUUGCCCUGCACUGACUCCUGCAUUUAAGAUUGGAUUUCCUGGGAAAUUUUCAAUGGGAGCCAUUUACACUCUGUUGUAUAACUACUUGGAUUUCCCUGCUGGAGUGGUCCCUGUCACAACAGUAACAAAGGAAGAUGAGGAGGAACUGAAGAGCCACAAAGGGCACUAUAAUGAUAUAUGGGACAAGAUCUUUGUGAAGGCAGUGAAAGGAGCUGUGGGACUCCCUGUGGCUGUCCAAUGCGUAGCUUUACCAUGGCAGGAUGAGCUGUGCCUUCGAUUCAUGAAGGAAGUGGAGAAGCUGACUUCGGAAAACGAAAGGAUGCACUGAGUGUGAAGUUGCUGGAAGCAGAAUGAUGGGGAACUGUCUCCUGCGACUGACAGACAAUGGGCUUUUUAGCUGGACCAAGUUUUGAUUAAAUCUCUGAAAUGCUUUUCUGCCUCAACCUUGACUGUUCAUGGGGCUGCUGUGAAUAUGCAGAGGUUCAGUUGUGGUUACAUGAUAACUGUGACUUCUUUCAUUAAGAAGGGGUCUGUAGUCAGUGCAGCAGCCAGUAUUGUAGAAGUAUCCACUUCCAUCAUCUGCCACGCAAUCCAUUCAGACAUUGGGCCAUCCAAUGCAGGAGACAUUGACUGGCAACAGUUCUUUAUGGAUUCAGGCAGAAUUCUUUCCUAGCUCUUCCUAGCCUAGAUGAUGAUGGAGAAUGAACAUUGGACAUUUUUUCACAUGGAGCAUAUUUUCUACCACUGAACCAUGGUUGCUUUUUAAAGUUGGAGGAUAAAGGACUGAAUGGGAAACAUUAGAAGCUUUGGUUCACCAUGGAAAUGACUGCAGGUAGACUAGAUUUGUACAUGGUGACAAUGGCCAGAUUCACACUCUCACAGAAAUGGAAAAAUUCAAGCAUACCUUCUCUACAUGACUAGCUGCUUAAAAUAUAUGAUUUAGCAGAAAUGGAUAAACUGACUUGCUUACUUAGACAUGGAUUGAUUACCAGUACAUGUUCAUUCAUUCAUAUAUUAAUCUUUCAAGAGUUUUGUGUAUGUGAUAACCUGUUAAUUUAAUAAUUUGAUAAUAUGUAUGAGAAUAUUGGUAAUGUAUUUGAUAAUUUAUAUCUUUGGUUUGGUCUUAAGUUAGAGCAGGCAUUAAGAAUUUAAUAGAUAACAGCAGGAAAUUUUGAUUAUUUAAAUACUCAGUUUGGUAUCGGUGUCAGAAUGAAUGCAAUAUUAUAUAAAUAAUAUCAAAACGA